CGUCCUCGACCUCCGGCUAUUAGCCUUGCCCUCUGCUGUGGGCAGCAAUGCCUUGUGGUUUUUAAGGAACGCUGGUGACGCCGGUGCCAGACUCCCUAAGCAGGAGCCAGGACUAUAAAUACAGGGCUGGCUGUUGGGAUGGGCAGCUGAAAUUCGCCCCUGUCCCGCCGCUAUGUCCUGCAAGGCUCUGGCCCUCUGCCUCCUGGGGCUCCUCACUCUCUCCUCGGCUUGCUACAUCCAGAACUGCCCCAUCGGGGGCAAACGCGCUGUGCUGGACAUGGAUAUCAGGAAGUGCCUGCCCUGCGGUCCCCGGAACAAGGGACACUGCUUCGGGCCCAACAUCUGCUGCGGGGAGGAGCUGGGCUGCUACAUCGGCACGGCGGAGACGCUGCGCUGCCAGGAGGAAAACUUCCUGCCCACGCCCUGCGAGUCGGGACGCAAACCCUGCGGCUCCGGAGGGAGCUGCGCCGCUCCCGGCAUCUGCUGCAGCAGCGAGGGCUGUGGCACUGACUCAUCCUGUGACCAGGAGCUGCUGUUCGUGUAACCCACCCGGGAGGGAUCCUGCAUCCAUCACUGUCCCAGCCCCACCCCAGGCUGAAGUGAUGAGCUUAAUUAGAAAUAAAACUUGGACAGAAAAACAGCCCAGA